CAGCUCCUGUUACUAUCUCGCCCAGUCCGAGGCCGCGAGACAGCCAGCAGAGGCGACGGGAAGCAGGUGACGAGGAUGGGCUGCUGCUUCACGAAGGAAGCGAUCGCCGAAGGGGACCUUGACGACCGCGAGCCAUCAAUCGGGACCAAGCGCGACAUGGCCGCGGCCGCGGCCGAGCGCCGCAACCAGGACUUCAAGCAAGGCGGUGGCGGCAACACAGCCAAGACCAAGAGCAUUGCCAUUCGGCGCGAGAAGGACGAACUUGUUGGUAAGAUUGAAGCGCUAUAUGGGUCGCUCGGUGAAGACGCGCCGAUCGGCCUGGCGUCCUGCGACUUGGAGCAGCUCAAGGCGCACUUGGCCAAGCUCAAGCUCAAGAAGGACGCCAGGCGCAAGGUAUAGAGCCAUCCGAGCGAACGCAGAAUGCAUAAAUGAUAGUACGGUACACGAUGCUGUCUACAGUGUGUCGUCGCCGGCCCGCC